CUUGACUUCUCGCGUGAGUGCUUAAAAAAGGGACUGUCUAUUCUGCAUCCGGAUGAAAUCUAAUUACUCCCUCCGGCACGGUACAUUAGCUCCCUCCUUGUUUCUUGUUUUGUGACAUAUUAACCAAUAAGAGAUGUGGGUCGUGCAUGCUUUCAAUGACUUGAGACCAUAGAUUAAGAUCGCGGGAGAAACGAUUUCACGGCGGCCUCUCCCAGCAGCUAUUGCGGCCGCCAUAGCGGGCAAUCGCGGCAAAUAGCGGAAAUUUUUCUGGUGGGAGAGAUGAUUUUGGAGGGUUUUGCUGAUUUUUUAGCUAUUUAGAGGAUAUGUAGAGGAUUUCGCGGCAGCAGCCAUAGCUUAGCGGCGAGGCUCCCGGGCAGCUAUAGCGCAGCUAUCGCGGCUAUUUCGCGGGCUAUUCUAAUCUAUGCUUGAGACUAUCAAAUAUGACAUGCAAUGGUUAGUUCAUUGCAUGCAAUGCUAUUAAUUAGCAAAAAGACAUUAAGUUUUCUCGUUUUUCUCUCCGCCUUGGUCGCGGUGCACAACGUAAGAUGACUUACACACCUAGACGGAGGGAGUAGCUUUCAUCCAUAUUCUUCAGCCAACCAAAGAAUGACAAAUGCCCUCUGUCCCAUGUCCCAUGUCCCAUGUCCCCUGUUUGCUUUUCUGUCCCGCUUUUAUAAACAGACUAACGGGUCCACACUUCAACUUCAACCCGGACAUGCAUGGGAGCAGCUAAAAGAGGAGAUCAAAGAAGCACAACGAUAUAGCCAAAGCUUUUCCAAGAUGAUGUCACCUAAUAAUUACAUUGACGAAGAAGUAUAUUACCAUAAUAUUACCACUGAGAAAUUCAGUGUAAAUCCACUAAAAACCACAAUAAUUUCUAUCAUGCCCACUAAGAAUUACAAUGUAAGAUGCAUUAAAAUGACAUUGUAAAAUCCACUAAAAUGACACUGUAAAUCCACCAAUGAUUCAAAUGUUUGCACUAAAAAACUGCUAAGAUUAAACACUAAGAAUACAGUGCAAGAUGCAUUAAAGAUGCAACUGUAAAAUCCACUAAAAAGGACACUGUAAAUCCACCAAUAAUCCAAAUGAUUUGCCAUCUGAGUUCUUGGUGUGAAGAUCUCCGUAUACUUCAGAGCGAAGACACCAUAAUCAUGCCUGAAAAGUUACAAAGAACACAAAAAAUAAGAAAAGAAGCCUACAAACAAUCUAUAUAAAAUUAAUCAAAAUCAUGUCAGGCAAAAAAACAUAAUACCGGUUCUCUUGCUUAGGAACAGCUGGGUACAAGACAUCAAACUCUUCGAAAUUAAUUCGUUUGUGCAUCAUAGGAGUGAUAUACUCAUCCCAAAGCCCAAUGAAAUAUGAAUCUGUUUUGGAACUAAAAAUCAGGAAAGCAUACCAAACUAAUUUACUGUAGAAAACAAAAUUAGGUGUGCUGUAGACGAUAAAGAGGAGCUAUCAGUACAAUUAAAGUGCUUGUUACACUGAAAUAACUAACACUAAAUGCACUAGGCACAAAGUGGUGAAUACAGUACAAUGGCACUAAGAUUCACGUAGUACAACAACUAAGAAUUACGGUGUAAAUCCAAUGAUAAUUACACUGUAAAAUCCACUAAGAUAAAUUAUAGUGUAAAUCCAUUGAGAGUUACACUGUAAAAUCCACUAAGAUAGUUACAGUGUAAAUCCAAUGGGAGUUACACUGUAAAAUGCACUAAAGAUAAUUACAAUGUAAAUCCAAUAAAAGUUACACUGUAAAAUGCACUAAUCCAGUGAGAGUUACAGUGAUCCAAUGAAAGUUACACUCUAAAUUGCACUAGAGAUAAUUAUAGUGUAAAUCCAAUGAGAGUUACACAUUAAAAUGCACUAAAGAUAAUUACAGUGUAAAUCCAAUGACAGUUACACUGUAAAAGUUACACUGUAAAAUGCACUAAAGAUAAUUACAGUGCAAAUCCAAAGAGAGUUACACAGUAAAAAUGCACUAAAAAUAAUUACAGUGUAAGUCCAAUGAGGGUUACACUGUAAAUCCACUAAGAUAAAAGGAGAAAACAACUGAAAUAAACUAAAAAUACAUGGAAAAAAUGCACAAGAGCAGAGAGGGCAGCAUUAAAAACUAUCUGUGUAGUACAUGAAAGUUACACAACUACAAAAUCUCACAGAAAUAUACACGAAAGCUUACAGAAAAAUUACCAGCUCAUCACGGAUAUCUCUGUGCUACGUUGAGUUCUCUCCAAACGCCGAGUCAAGAAACACAAAAGCUCUAUCUUUGAUACACACGACAAACGAAAACCAGCGACCAUCGAGACCAAUAGGGAAGUACAACUGAAAUUAUAAAGAUAGAGAGUAAAAAAAAUCAGUAACAAAUCAUGAAAAAGAAAUGUUUCUUCGAUUUAGAAGGAUGACACUUGUUGAAAAGAAAUCAACAGAAACAUAGAAUCAAGAAUUUAUCUACAUGACCAUUUGGGCAUAGGGAUGCAAGAGAGCGAUACGAACAGAAUGCUCUAUCAUAUCUAAUAGCUUCGUAUCUGAUAAAAGAAAAUAAAUGAAACAAUCAAUGACAAAUGAAAAAAGAUGAAGUACACAAUCAGCAACAAACUAAAAAAAAAAGAAAGGUACAAGAGAAAAAGAAAAAUCAUACUUGGACCAAACAUCAUGGCUGCCAAUGCGAUUCAUUGCAAAAUAAUGCUUCCUUUCUUGCAAAGUGACAGGAAAACGAUUCAACUGUUGAACAUAAGGAUCUGAAUUGAACCUUGCUGCUGCAACAAAAGAAUUAGAUUCCUUUCUAAAGCACUAAGAAUUACAGUGUAAAUACAUUGAGGAAAUACACUGUAAAUCAACUAAAGAAUUGCAUUACAAGAGCACUAAGAAUUACAAUGAAGAUUCACUAAAAAUUACAAUGUAAAACCACUAAAAACAUUGUAAAUCCACUGAGAAGUACAGUGAAAAAAUACACUGUAAAUCCAAGUAGAAUUACAGUACAAAUCCACUAAGGAUCCACUAAGAAUAACAAUGUAAUUACACUGUAAAAAAACCACUAAAAUACACUAAGAAUUACACUGUAAAUCCAAUUAGGAUUACAGUGUAAAAUCCACUAAGAAAAGGUAAUUCCUGAAAAUUCUGAAUUAGAUUUCAUGAAUGUACUUGCACACAUUGAAUGGAUUUUCCUGAAAAUAUAUACCAAAAUGGUUUGGCAUUAGAUUAACUGAAUGAAAUUGCACGGAGGAGCAUACGCAUUUACAAAACUACUUCGCUCUCCGGCGACCAUGUCGUGUCCUUCAACUCCACCGCCUCCACCAUCGUCGUUGGCCUCCCGCCUUCGUGCAGCCGUAGCGUCUCCGAUGCCAGGAGGGCGCUCUCCGGCGCCAACUACGGAGUCUCGUCCCGCACCGGGCUGUUCCUCCGCGGUCAUUGCGGCAGCAACACGUCCGUAUGCAGCGUGCCGGCGGCCGUCAUGUCCAGGCUGCUCCGCACGGCACAGUGCAGCGACGACACCUCGGCCACUGCCGUGUUGUGUGUCGCCUCCGCUGCACGUACAGAAUGCCAGCGUAGCGAGGGCGGACCAGUUUCUGCGGUGGGAGAAGGUGGAGAAGCAAAGCUGUGACGAUGUGAUGACCUCCGCGGUAUACAUGGACACGCCGGAGGAGACCAUGUCGCUGGAGUAUGGGGUGGUGGAGCUGGGGUGGUGGGUCAAUGGCAUCUGCGCCGGGGAUGAGGCUGGCGGCCAGUGCGUGGCAGAGGCGACGUGCGCUGACGUAGAUGCGCCGAGUGGGUCGGUGGGGCACCGGUGCGUGUGCGUGGCGGGGAUGAACGGCGACGGGUUCUUGGCUGGAGACGGUUGCUACGUCGGUGGAUCCCCUCAUGAUGUUGUCUCAAGCUCCAAGGUGCGGCAAAUAUUCAUAGUUAUUGGCUUGAUAUCUUCUCUUGGCAUCACUGUCUUCUUCUUCAUCUAUGGCCGGAAAAGGCGCAAUGCCCUGAUGAAGACAACAAAACAACUACCCAAAAAGGCAGCCAUAUUCUUCAAUGGGGAAGUCAUGGAGGACGAGCUAGAGCAAGGAGCCAGCGGCCCCCGGCGAUUUUCCUACAGUGAGAUUGCCGUCGCCACUGAUAACUUUUCAAAUGACAUGGCACUCGGGAGAGGAGGCUUCGGGUUUGUAUAUCAAGGGUUUAUUAGUGACAUGAACCGUGAAGUGGCUGUCAAGAGGGUGUCUGAGACCUCUCGACAGGGUUGGAAGGAGUUCGUCUCUGAGGUGCGGAUCAUUAGUCGGCUCAGGCAUCGAAACCUUGUGCAGCUCAUAGGCUGGUGCCACGGUGGAGACGAGCUUCUCCUCGUCUACGACCUGAUGCACAAUGGCAGCCUCGACACUCAUUUGUAUAGAUCCGACCAUGGGCUGACAUGGCUGAUAAGGUAUGACAUAUUGCUCGGCGUAGCUUCGGCGCUUCUGUACCUGCACCAAGAGACGGAGCAACGUGUGGUGCACAGGGACAUCAAGCCUAGCAACAUCAUGUUAGACGCCUCCUUCACAGCCAAGCUCGGUGACUUCGGGCUCGCGAGGCUCAUCAAUGACGGACGGAGAUCGCACACGACCGGCAUAGCUGGCACGAUGGGGUACAUCGAUCCGGAGAGCAUGCUGGCCGGCAGGGCGAGCAUCGAGUCAGACGUGUAUAGCUUCGGGGUCGUCCUUCUCGAGGUUGCAUGUGGGCGGCGACCAGCUUUGGUCCAGGAAGACGGUGAUGUCGUCCACCUGGUCCAAUGGGUCUGGGACUUGUAUGGCAGAGGAUCAAUCUUUGGCGCUGUCGACAAGCAACUUAGGGGGGAGUUUGACGGCACGGAGAUGGAGCGUGUUAUGGUCGCGGGGCUCUGGUGCGCGCACCCUGACCGUGGCAUGCGACCAUCCAUCAGGCAAGUGGUGAACGUGCUGCGGUCCGAAGCGCCAUUACCAAGUCUCCCGGCGAGGAUGCCGGUGGCGACCUAUGGGCCGCCGACUAAUCAUUCGAGUGUCGGAACUUUGCUGAUGACCAGUGUCAGUGGCCGGUGAUGACGUUUCCACCAGAACAGUAGUUAAAUUUUCCAGUUAUUAUAGAAUCUUAGUUCCUCAUGUCGGUUAUCAAUCGUCCACAAGCAGGAAGGAAGACAAGUAUGCAGAAAUAAAUUGUUGCCGCUCUGGAACAUCUGCAGAGCAAAACACCAUGGACUCCCUCGGUUUUAAUUUACUCGGUAUAUUAACUUUGGUCAAAGUCAAACUUUGUAAAAUUUUGACAAAAUUUAUAGACAAAAGUAUUAACAUAUACAGUAACAAAUCAAUAUCAUUAGAUUCAGUAUUGAAUAUACUUUCACAUCAUAUUGAUUUAUUAUUGUAAAUGUUUAUAUUUUUUUAUAAACUUGCUCAAACUUCAUGAAGUUUGACUCCAUGAAUUUUGACUCCAGUCAAAUCUAAUAUGGAGAGUAAAUAAAAACGAAGGGAGUA